AUGGUGCACUGCCACAUCCUUUUUGUAACGUUUCCGGCACAAGGCCACAUCAACCCUUCUCUCCAAUUCGCCAAGCGACUCAUUCAGAUGGGCGUGGAGGUCACUUUCGUCACCAGCCUCUCCGCCCACCGCCGCAUGACCAAAACCACUGGACCACCAAAGGGUUUCAACUUCGCCACCUUCUCCGACGGCUAUGAUGAUGGUAUCAAACGAAGUGAUUUUGAUCCCAAAAAAUACAUGUCAGAGAUCAGGAACCGUGGAUCACAAACUCUCAGGGAAAUCAUCAACGCUAGUGGCAAUGAAGGUCGUCCGAUCACCUGUUUGGUCUACAGCCUCCUCCUCCCUUGGGCUGCAGUGGUGGCGCGUGAGUUUCAUAUCUCAGCUGCACUUCUUUGGAUUCAAUCAGCCACAGUUUUGGAUAUAUACUACUAUUACUUUAAUGGCUGUUUUGCUAUCAAUGUCGAAAAUUGCGAAGACCCAUCAUGGUCAAUUGAGUUACCAGGAUUGCCAUUGGUAAAAAGCCACGACCUUCCCUCCUUUAUACUUCCUGCAAACUCAGACAUAUUCAAUACUCUCCAAUCAUUUAAAGAGCAUGUUGAAACACUAGAUGAAGAAACCAACCCAACAGUUCUUGUUAACUCUUUCGAUUCACUAGAACCAGAGGCCUUAAAAGUCAUCGAUAAGUACAAUUUGAUUGGGAUUGGGCCGCUAAUUCCUUCUGCCUUCUUAGAUGGAAAAGACCCAUCAGACACUUCUUUUGGGGGUGACCUUUUUGACAAAUCAAACGCAUAUACCGAGUGGUUGGACUCGAAGCCUAAAUCAUCGGUUGUUUAUAUAUCGUUUGGAAGCCGUUUGUCUCUACCAAAGAGGCAAAUGGAAGAGAUCGCACGAGGGUUGUUAGAGAGUUGCAGGCCAUUUUUGUGGGUAGUUAGAGCGAAGCAGAAUGGAGAAGAGGAGAGAGAAGAAGAUAAACUAAGUUGCAUGGAGGAAUUGGAGCAACAAGGGAUGGUAGUGCCAUGGUGUUCUCAACUGGAGGUAUUAUCACACCCCUCACUGGGAUCUUUUGUCACACAUUGUGGGUGGAAUUCUACAUUGGAGAGUUUGAUUACUGGGGUUCCGGUGGUGGCGUUUCCUCAUUGGUCUGAUCAGACGACCAACGCAAAAAUGAUUGAAGAUAUGUGGAAGACGGGGGUGAGGGUGAAGCCAAAUGGAGAAGGAACUGUCAAGGGUGAUGAGCUUAAGCAAUGUAUAGAGAUGGUUAUGGGAGGUGGAGAAAGAGGAGAAGAAAUGAGGAGAAAUGCUCGGAGAUGGAAAGAUUUGGCGAGGGAAGCAGUGAAUGAAGGUGGAUCUUCGAACAAAACUCUCAAGGCUUUUGUCCAAGAGAUCAGAGAAGAUGGUCAGUGAUUAUAAUUUGUACCCUAUUUUGUUGCAGCUUGUGGGUGUUUUUGCUUGGCAGAGUUUAAUUUGUUCAUGUCUGGUUUUUCCUUUUAAUUUUUUUGGACUAGUAGCCUAGGUACAAAAUUGCACUUCUUCCAUCAUAGAAGGCAUUUAGCCAAGGUAUUCAUUUACGGUAAAGUGAUGGUAUUCACUCCUCAUGUCUUCCUCCCUUUCCCAUUUCGUUUGAUGGCUUCUUUCAUGAUAGAUUGUAACAAAAUUGUGUUUCCUAUUUAGAAAACACCAGAAGUAGUGGAAAAGUAAUCGCUCUUAGAAUGCUUACAAGACUUUGUGAUGCAAAUGAGUGGCAAGAUUUUUGGUAUUUUAUUGAAUGUGGACAAUGUCAUUCUAUUAUGGAAUUUUG